AUGACGACUGUUUUUCAUUUUACCUUAAGAACUAUUUUAAUUUUUUCCAAGUGUAUAGGUUUAAUUGAUACUUCAUAUACUAUGGAACCGGCUGGGUUAUUAGUUCGGAAUAAUAUGAACUCAACGUUGUAUGCAUAUCUAGAAAUAAUACGAAUGAUUGUAUUGAUUAUCUCCACUUAUAUAUAUUUUUUUCGGUCAAAUCCAGAAAUUUAUAUAGUUCAAUCAAUAAAUAUUAUUAAAUUUUGGAUUAUUAUUAUCACGGCCCGACAAUCAACAAUACAGUUAAUUAAAUUUAUUAAUGGCGUUAUUGAGUUUGAUCGAAAAAUUACACCACUUUUAACAAAUUUGUCGAUCACACAACGUUCAUGGACAAAAAAAAAAUGGAAUUUGAUUUUUAUUACGUUAUUUGCGUACUUUGUCGUAUUUAAAACCGUACAAAUCUAUAUUUUUCCUAAAAAUGUACAAUAUAUCGCAUCAUUUAUAGUUGUCCAAAUAUUAUUUAGUCCCCCAUUUUUAAUCGAUUUUGUAGUUACGAUCUCUGCAUGUUUCUUUCUUCAAAACCUGUAUGUCAGAUUCCAGACGUUAAACGAUAUUUGGAAAUGUCUUCCUGCUGACUUAGUUGUCGUUUUCGAUAAAUGGACACACGACGAAAUAGUGGAUGUCAUGGAAAAUACGCGACUGUUACACUCUGAACUCUGCGAAUUGUUAAAAAUGUUUACUCUAGGUUACGGUCCGUUGCUUUUGAGUUUCUUCACAUUCGACUUUAUCAAUAUGCUUCUCAGUUUUUAUUUUAUUAUCAACAGUGAAGCAUUAGCCAGCAUACAUUUAACCAAAAAUAGCUGGGAAAAUAUAAUGCCAUUGAUGAUUCACAUACAAAUUCUCACGUUUUUGAUGUCUAUUAUUGUUUUUGUUUCAUUCUUAAAUGAGCAGAGAUUGGAGAUUAUAUCAUGUCUAAGGUCAUAUCGAAUUUCAAAUUUACACUUGGACAUAAAACGACAAAUAAAAAUGUUUAUGAAUCAAAUAUCAGCUUGCGAUUCGGACCAAAUUUCGGCAAGUGGAUUUUUCAAUAUCAAUUUAAAUCUCAUUAUAUCCAUGAUUGUAUUAAUGGUUAGUGGAAUAAUCACAUUGAUACAGAUGAAAGAUCACCCAAUAAUAUUAAAAUUUAACAAUGACACAGAAAACUACUUGGGAAAAUUAUAUACCACAAAAUAA